AUGACUGCGCCUGAACUAAGGAAAUUAUCACUAGAAUCACUAGCAUAUUAUCCAUUUCCACCCAAUUUUACGUUUAUCAUUGGUGGGGUGUCAUAUCCGUGCCAUUUAGUCCAAAUUUUGCCAAUUUCCGGAACAAUUCAACAAUUAUUUCUAAAUGAUAAAUCAAUUUCAUCAUAUACAUUUGAACACCUGAAAGACCCAUACAACAACUUUCCAUUAUUCAUAGAUUUUAUUAAUGGACAUACAAUAGACAUCAAUGAUGAUAACUUAAUUUUACUUUACAACAUUGGUUUGAUAUUAGACAUACCGUAUUUAAUUAAUGGAGCUGGAAAAUUAGCAAAUUGCGAGAUCAAUUCCGAAAAUGCUGUUAGUUUUUGUCAAAAAUAUUACGACCAUGGCGUUGAUUACGAGAUUCCAGCAACAUUUAUAGCAGUUAACUGGGAUACACUCAGCGGACUAGAAUCUGUUAUGAAUCUCCCUGUAGAAAUCUUAAAUACGAUUAUUCAGAUUGAUGGCUUCAAAGUUUCAUCAGAAACAGAGCUAUUUGAGUGGAUAGAAAACCUAGUUAAUACUAAAGGAAGACAAUAUAUACCAUUAUUUGGUCAUGUACUGUUUUCUAGGCUUCGUAGACAUCAUAUAAAGCAUCUGAUUGAAAUUUUGUCUAAAGAUACGAUAGAUCCUUUCGUUUGGCAAGAACUCGAUGAUAGACUGAUCAUGGAAAUUAACCCAGAUGAAAAUUUGGAACCAUCUGAUGAAAAAAAUAUCGAUGCAAAUCAAAAACCAGAAUCAGAAACAUCACAAAUGACAAAUACACAGCCAUACAGUACAUACGGAAGCGCUCUUUACAGUCAAAACAAUUUUAUUCCAAUUAAUUUAAAGGAAAAGGCAAAUAACGAAAAAGAAUUCGCAGACGCCUACUCAGAAGAAUCACUUAUCGACCUUUCUUACGAGCCUGGAUACCGUUUGAAUGGAGUUGUUGCUUAUAUCAAAAAUCAACUAGGGCCAAACUACACAGAUGCUGUUAUAGCGACUGGUGGUGGCACAAAGAUUAAGAAGAUUGGCAACAUUUUCGAUUACGAUGAUACUAAAAAAGCAUGGUGGGAUAAUUUUGAUUUAGGAAUCAACAGAUGCACGAAAGAGAAUGCAUGGUGCAUGAUAGAACUACGUGGAUAUCUUCUGAACCUUCAAUCCUACACUCUCGCGUCUCCUGCAAAUAGAAUCAGUUUCCAUCAACCGAAAUCGUGGAGAAUCGAAGUUUCUGCGGAUGGAGUUAACUUUGAAACAGUACACGAGGUUAGUAAGUGCCCAGAAAUGAAUGUUCAGUAUCCAAUUCUCACAUUUUCUCUUCCAAAGGGAGAAACACAGCCAAUAAGGUUCAUUAAGCUCGUAAUGCUCGAAAACUACGCUUCAGCACAGUCAUCUAACCAAUACGAACUGAGUUUGAGCGCAUUCGAAUUGUAUGGAAAACUUAGACAGUUAUAG